UGGGCGGCACUGGUAUAUAUCCGUCAGCCUUCAAUCCCACCUUCUCGCCAGUGGAAUUUCAUCUCAGCUCCUGCAUCUUCAGGGCAGACGAGAACAAAAAAGAAGCAAAAGCUGGCAGGCUGACGUGAAAUUGCAUCUUUACAGGACGGAUUAUCUGGUAACUGACCAUUUUGCUGUGGCACACUCGGACUCUGUAAACGUGGGAUUUUGAUCAUGAGCUCAGUCGCUGUACUUACGCAGGAAAGCUUCAAUGAGCACCGCAGUGGGCUCCGAACGGAGAAGGGUGCUGCUGGGGCGGGACUCAAUGCUGGAGAGGAAGAGGAGGCUCUUCCUACCUACAAGGAUGCCUUCCCGCCUCUGCCCGAGAAGGCGGCCUCACCUGAGGGGACCCAGGAAACUGCCAACGCCUGGACAUCCAAGAUCCGUCCUCUCAAGUCUUCUGUUAUCACCCAGGUUUUCCAUGUGCCACUAGAGGAGCGCAAGUACAAGGACCUCAACCAGUUUGGGGAAGGAGACCAAGCGAAGGUCUGCGUGGACAUCAUGCACAAGACCGGAGCCCACCUGGAACUCUCCUUGGCAAAAGAUCAGGGUCUCUCCAUCAUGGUUUCUGGAAAGUUGGAUGCCGUGAUGAAGGCCCGCAAGGAGAUUGUGUCCCGACUCCAGACUCAGGCCUCGGCUACUGUCGCCAUCCCCAAGGAGCACCAUCGCUUCGUCAUCGGCAAAAACGGGGAGAAGCUUCAGGAGCUGGAGCUCAAGACUGCCACCAAAAUCCAGAUCCCACGACCCGACGACACCAGUAACCAGAUCAAGAUCUCUGGUACCAAGGAGGGCCUUGAGAAGGCCAAGCAUGAGAUCCUGUUGAUCUCUGCUGAGCAGGACAAGCGCGCUGUGGAGAGGGUGAACAUUGACAAGGUGUACCACCCGUUCCUCACCGGCCCCUUCAACAAGCUGGUAGGAGAGAUGAUGCAGGAGACCGGUGCUCGCAUCAAUGUCCCCCCUCCGAGUGUGAACAAGACGGAGAUUGUCAUCACUGGGGAAAAGGAACAGGUGGCCCUCGCUGUGACACUGAUCAAGAAGGUUUAUGAAGAAAAGAAGAAGAGCACCACCACCAUUGCAGUGGAGGUGAAGAAGUCUCAGCACAAGUAUGUGAUCGGCCCCAAGGGUAACACCCUGCAAGAGAUCCUGGAGAAAACUGGCGUCUCGGUCGAGAUCCCACCGUCUGACAGCAGCUCAGAAACUGUCAUCCUUCGCGGGGAGCCAGACCGUCUGGGUCAGGCCCUCACUGAAGUCUACGCCAAGGCAAACAGCUACACUAUUUCCUCAGUCUCAGCUCCCUCUUGGCUUCAUCGUUUCAUUAUUGGCAAGAAGGGGCAGAACUUGGCCAAGAUUACCCAACAAAUGCCCAAGGUGCACAUCGAGUUCACCGAGGGAGAAGAUAGGAUCACCCUGGAGGGUCCCACCAAAGAUGUGCAGAUGGUGCAGGGCCAGAUUGAAAUCAUUGUGACAGAUCUGGUCAACCGCAUGGACUUCACCGAGAUCAGCGUGGAUCCUAAAUUCCACAGACACCUGAUCGGAAAAGGAGGCGUGAACAUCAACCGCAUCAAAGAACUGCACAAGGUGACUGUCCGCAUCCCCCCUGACAACGAGAAGAGCACCGUGAUCCGUAUUGAGGGGGAUCCCCAGGGUGUACAGGAGGCCAAGAAGGAGCUGCUGGAGCUAACCACACGCAUGGAGAACGAGCGUACAAAGGACCUGAUCAUUGAACAACGUUUUCAUCGAGCCAUCAUUGGCCAAAAGGGGGAGAACAUAAAAGAAGUCCGGGACAAAUUCCCAGAGGUCAUCAUCAAUUUCCCCGACCCAGCACAGAAAAGUGACAUUGUUCAACUUAGGGGUCCACGGAAUGAGGUUGAGAAAUGUGCAAAGUUCAUGCAGAAGAUAGUGGCUGAAAUGGUAGAGAAUGGCUUCUGUCUCUCAGUCCCUAUCUUCAAGCAGUUCCACAGAAAUAUAAUUGGAAAAGGAGGAUCAAAUAUUAAGAAGAUUCGGGAGGAAACCAGCACAAAAAUUGACCUGCCUGCUGAGAACAGCAACUCCGAGAUGAUUGUCAUCACAGGCAAGAAAGCAAACUGCGAGGUUGCACGAACUCGCAUCCUGGCUAUUCAGAAGGAGCUGGCCAACAUCACAGAGAUGGAGGUGUCCAUUCCCUCAAAGCUGCACAACUCCCUGAUCGGGUCGAAGGGCCGCUUCGUGCGCUCCAUCAUGGAGGAGUGUGGCGGCGUGCACAUCCACUUCCCCACUGAGGGCUCAGGGAUCGAUAAGGUCACCAUCCGAGGCCCCGCGGAGGAGGUGGAGAAGGCCAAGCAGCAACUGCUCGCCCUGGCAGAGGAGAAGCAAACAAAGAACCACACUGCGGAGCUGCGUGCUAAACCGGAAUACCACAAGUUCCUCAUCGGGAAAGGUGGCGGAAACAUCCGCAAGGUUCGCGACAGCACCGGGGCCAGGAUCAUUUUCCCCACCGCGGAGGACAAAGACCAGGAGCUCAUCAUCGUGGUUGGCACUGAAGAAGCCGUACGGGAUGCGCAGAAGGAGCUGGAGGAACUCAUCAAGGGUUUGGACAACGUCGUCGAGGACAAUAUGAUCGUUGAUCCAAAGCACCACCGCUACUUUGUGGCUCGCCGCGGCCAAGUCCUCAGGGACCUUGCUGAUGAAUAUGGUGGCGUGAUGGUGAGCUUCCCUCGCACAGGCACUCAGAGUGAUAAGGUCACCCUGAAAGGAGCCAAAGAAUGUGUGGAAGCAGCCAAAAAGCGCAUGCUAGAGAUCAUUGAGGACUUGGACGCUCAAGUGAUCAUUGAGUGUGUGAUCACUCAGAAGUUCCACCGUUCUAUCAUGGGUCCCAAGGGCUCACGGAUCCAGCAGAUCACUAGAGAUCACAAUGUGCAGAUCAAGUUCCCAGAGCGUGAGGACCCUCAAGCAGCACCCCCUGCGGAGGCCCCCAUUCAGGAGAACGGCGAGACCGACGCGGGAGAAGUGAAGGAGCCCGUCGAUCCAAGCGCGCCCAAAAAGUGUGACGUGAUCGUGAUUUCUGGCCGCAAAGAGCGGUGCGAGGCCGCCGUGGAAGCACUGAAGGCCUUGGUUCCUGUCACUAUUGAGGUGGAAGUGCCUUUUGAUCUUCAUCGCUACAUCAUCGGACAGAAAGGAAGUGGAAUUCGCAAGAUGAUGGAUGAAUUUGAGGUUAAUAUUCAAGUGCCUGCCCCUGAGCAGCAGUCUGAUAAAAUCUCCAUCAGCGGCUUAGCCAAUCACCUCGACCGAGCCAAAGAGGGCCUCUUGGAGCGCGUCAAAGAGCUGCAGGCCGACCAGGAGGAUCGGGCACUCAGGAGCUUUAAGCUGACCAUCACUGUGGACCCCAAAUAUCACCCUAAAAUCAUCGGCCGCAAGGGCGCCAUCAUAACGACCAUCCGCACUGAGCACGACGUUAACAUCCAGUUCCCAGAGAAGAGCGAUGAAAACCAGGAUCAGAUUACUAUUACAGGUUAUGAGCACAAAGCCAUAGCGGCACGAGAUGCCAUCCAGGCUCUAGUGGACGAACUCGAGGAGAUGAUCUCCGAGGACAUCACCCUGGACAGCCGGGUCCAUGCCCGCAUCAUUGGAGCCCGCGGCAAGGGCAUCCGCAAGAUCAUGGACGAGUUUAAGGUCGAUCUCAGGUUUCCCCAGAGUGGAGCUCCAGACCCGAACCUUGUGACCGUCAUAGGUCGCCCCGAGCUUGUGGAUGAAGCCAUCGACCACCUUCUGAACCUGGAAGAGGAAUACAUCUCAGAUGCUGUGGAGAACGAGACGAAGAUGUCUUACACAAGGCCUCAUGGGGGAAGCGCUGCCGGCAUGGAUGAACAACGUGGCCCGUCUAAAGGGUUUGUGGUGAGGGAGGCUCCCUGGACCACUGGCAAUGAGAAGGCCCCGGACAUGAGCAGCUCUGAAGACUUUCCCAGCUUUGGAGCCCCAGUGGCAACCAAGUCUUCUCCCUGGGGACCCAAGCGCUUCUAAGCCAAACUGCUACAGAUGGGCCCAAACUAAACCGGACACAAUCUCCCCCUCUCUCGCCCCUAAACCCCUAUUGACCCGGACUGACCGCUGACCCUACAAGUCUUCAGUUCUGAGAAUGUCAUUCUUCUCUGUGUACUUAUCCCGCCCUGCCCUCGCCGAUUCAUCAGUCUAAAAGUGCUUUCAGAUACUGUAAUUGACUUGUGAGCUUUUGUAAAUGCUCUUAACGCAAAAAAAAUGAAGAAAAAAAAGGUUGCGUCUAUAAAGACGAGACUGACAUGUAAGUGUUGAUUAGCCCUGACAUUUCAUCGUGGUUUGAACUGUUAUACCAAAUUCAGCACUGGCAAGACAUGAGUUUUUUUAUUUUGUUCGUUAGUUUUUUUUUUAGCUGCCCUUCUCUUAGUUGCCUUCGCAGGUUUGGGUAAAGGGCUUGAAUCACAGCUGGUGACGCGUUCCGACGCACCCUCCCCCUGAACCGCCUGCUUUACUCAUGUAGCCGAGUGAGAAUGGUCAGUCGUUGGCUCUCAAGCUGCAGUGGUCGUCCUCUUUGUCGCAUCUAUCCAUUUGCGUGUUUGCUGUGCUUCUGUGAGUCGUGGCACGUACCUUACAUGUAGCCUUACGACUUGGUAAACCUUACAGGGGGGUGGUGGCGUCGGCAGUCGUAGCCGUCGCCGUCGCAGCACCCAUUCAAACUGCCAGAUGCUCGGAGAUCAUGCCCCGAACUACACUUCUUACAACACUAUGGCCUAGAGCUCCAACGUAUCAAACCUCACACUAACUGUUGAAUGAAACUUUUUUUUAUUUUGACUUUCAGAAGUAAAUCACUAAACACAAAUCUAAUUACGACCAUGUUUGUGAGCUAAAACAGCAGACCAUCUCGUGCCAACUAUUUGUCUAGUGGUGUCCUGUGUUACUCAUCCUCUGUAGUGGGUCAGUGUCCAGUCCCUUUGUCUUCCAGUUGCUAUGCAGAUUGUUCUGUUCAAUAUAGCAAUGGCCCUUUUUUUUUUUUUUUAAUCAGCCUUACAGUUGGAAAGAUACAAACCAGGUAGCGGUGAUGUCUCGGUGCCUUUUUUAAUGGCCAACUGGGAAUGGUAUGUUUAUUGUUCAUGUGAAAGCUCUUGGAACAUAACCCCCUCAACCCCACCCCACCCCAGUUAUCGUAAUGAGUUUAAUUUUGCCUGAGGAGUGCAGAGUUAGCUUGCUGCUACCUGCUAAUUGAAUACCUUGCAUCAGCCUACCUUGGUUUUUAUCCUUCUAGCAUUGAAUGAAAGAUUAUGCAAAUACCAUUGAAGUGAACGGUUAUGGAUGACACUGGAAAAGAAAUUGUCCAAAAAGUCAAUAAAAAUUGAAAAUCUC